GAACCGUGUUGGAGAGAGAGAGAGUCAGACGUGUCCGUCUGUCUUUUCCGAAAUCUUUCUCAGCCGUUCCCCACUCACUGUAGCGCCCGCGCGCCAGGAUUAUCACACUUAUUCACAAUGUCUCUAACUACAGUAAGGACCCUCCUAGCCUUUUCGCUAUCACUGUUUGCCCUGAGUCCAGGAGCUACAGCCCUGGUGCCCCUGAGGCCGCAGAAUGUGAAGCUGGUGCCCGUGGAGAGGGGCCUCCUGGUCUCCUGGGACCCCCCCGGCGAGCUGGACGACCGGCCCGUGGAGCGCUACAGCAUCGGCUACGGCAAGUCCAUGAAGUCCCUGCGCUACACCAGGGUGGAUGGGAGCAAGAGAUCGCAGCUACUGGAGGAUGUGGAACCUGGCGUUCUGCACUUUCUGAAAAUGACCGCCGAUAACAAGGAUGGGCAGAGCAAGCCGGUCUACCGGGCGGAGACUCCCACGGGAAGACGAUCGGCGAGGCUGGACGGCUUUGCGGUCACCAGCUCGGUGCCUUCGAGUGGAUCAGUUACAGAGAGGAAGGCGCCCAGCCGGCCGGUGAGGGUCGAGGCGGCCCGGUCGCCGGACAGCGUCCUGGAGCAGAGGAGGCCUCCCCAAAACUCCGGCGCGGAGCAGUCGGGACGGGGGCGGGGCUUCCUGCUGGGGAUGGCCCAAAACGACCGCAGGAUGGUCAGCAGCCCCGUGCAGGCCGAACAGAGGAGCCCCAGGAGGCAAAACCAUGCCUCUGAGUCCGUGUAUGUGGUAUCACUGCAGGCACAGAAAGCGCUCGGGCAGAGCUCCCCCGUCCACAAGGCUUUCAUGAGCAAAAAACCCCCCCCAGAUUUAGAGGAAAUGUCUGAAGUGAAGGACAUCACCGUUCGGGUCAUGUCCCCCCAGUCGGUGUUCGUCUCCUGGGUGGACCCAGAGAUCGAGAAGGAGACGGCCGAGAGCAGCACCAGGUACUACACGCUGAGGUACAGGGAGAAGGGGGAGUCGGCUCGGUGGGACUACCGAGAGACCACGCAGCGGCGCCUUCUGGUGGAGAACCUCUCCGCCGACAACAUGUACGAGUUCUCCAUCCGGAUCUCGCAGGGGGACCACACCAGCAAAUGGAGCGUCUCUGUCUUUCAGAGGACCCCUGAAUCCGCUCCGACGGGUCCACCUGAGAACUUUGACGUCAAGCCGUUGAGAGGCAAAGGGACUGCCGUCACGGCAACCUGGGACCCACCGGAGGAAACCAACGGGAGGAUCCGAGAGUACAUCCUGUCCUACGCCCCGGCCCUGAAGCCCUUCGGCGCCAAGUCCGCCAGCUACCGCGGCGGCACCACGUCCGCCGUCGUCGAGGGCCUGCAGCCCGGCGAGCGCUACAUCUUCAAGAUCCGCGCGGUGAACCGGAGAGGACAGGGGCCCCAGAGCAAGGCCUUCAGCGUCGUCAUGCCAACAACCAGCGCUGCUGCUUCAUCCCCCCACUCCAGGAGGCCAGGUUUACCCCGGCCCUCCAGACCCUACCUCCGCAAGGACGAGUCUGAGGAGGACGAGGACGAGGAGGACGAAGAGGAGGAGGAGGAGGAGGAGGAGGAGGAGGUCACUACGCGCGCCCCCACGACUGUUAUCCCCACCACCCGGAGGACCCGCCCCCUCUCGCAGACCCGGUCCUAUCACGGCGUGUUCUCGUCGGCGAGGUCGUCCGCGCGGAGGACGGGCGGCGGCCAGCGGACCCCUCAGGCGCCCGAGCGGGAAUCGCACAAGGAGCAGGAGACCUUCACCGAAGAGAAACCGGAGGAGGAGGAGGAGGAGGAAAAGGAGGAAGAGGAAGAGAAGGAGGAGGAGCCCACGGCGGCCACCAGGAAGGUCGACACCGCCGUCUCCUACCCCGAGAGGAAGGACUCGUACGACCGCGGCGAGCCCAAACCCGCGCCCAAAGAGACCCCGCCGGAGCCCGGCUCGCCCGUUGGCGGUAAUGGCGGCGGCUCCGUCCCGGCCGGCCGCUACCCGGGCCCCGGGCGGAGGAAGCCGGGGGUCCUCCUGACCCGCGGAAAUCUGGGCAGGGUCCCGAACGGCCAGCGCAAGCCCGGGUCCUCCUCCUCCGCCGGCGCCUCCCAGUCCACCCUGUCCUCCGGCACGGCGGUCCAGACCCGGCCCGGUCCAAACGAGGAAGAGGAGGAGGAGGAGGAGGAGAGGAACGAGAGGCCGACCCCCGCCCCCCGCGCUGCCACCACCUCUCGCCCCGCCCCCGCCCCCGUCCCCGUGCCCGCCGUCCUGAACCGCAACCUGAGGCCAGGCUUCGGGGGCAGGGUCGUCCCCAGGCAGGGCGUCAGGGUCCCGUCCAGCCGGGACUCCUCGCUGGCCUCCGUGGGGGCCCAAACCCCGGUGCUGAAGGUCGAGCCCCGCCCGGAGGUCUCCGUCUCCCAGGACACCCACGAAAAGGCCCGGGCCCCGCCGCCGUCCGCCCACGACCCCGACCCCGACCCCGGCCCCGCCCCCGUCCCGAAGAGCCCCGCCUCCAAGGACGAAGGGGGCGGCUACACCUACGGCGCCGGCAAGGAGGCGUACGGGAGGAACGACAAGAUCGCCGUGGCGACCGCGCCCCCGCGCCCGGCCGCCGCCGCCGGGCCCGAGCUGAGCGAGAACGACAGCAUCGAGAGGGAGUCCGUCCCGGAGAGGACGAGGGCCCCGUCGGCCCCCCGCCGUCCCGUCGUCGGCCCCAACGGGCGACUGCGGUACCCGCACCUCGCGAACCGCCAGACGGGGUCCCGGGCGCCCGCUUCCUCGCAGCCUUCGAACCCGAACCCGAACCCGAGGUCCCGCUACCCCGGGCGAACGGUGGGGAAAAUGCCCAACGGGAGAAACGGACGUCCAAAUCUCACGGCAACCAAUGGAAAACCCGUUUCCACGUCCGACGGCAACGCCAAACCGUCAUCAGGCCACAGGUACAUCACCAGUCCGGAAGGACUGAAAUGGAUAGUGGACCUGGACAAAGGGGUUCUGAUGAACGAGAACGGGCGGAUUCUGCAGGACUCUCACGGAAAGCCUCGCAGGGUCAUCCUCGGGGAGGACGGACGCACCAUUUUUGAUGCCCAGGGCAGCCCGCUGGUGAACUCCGAGGGCCUGGCUCUGUUCGGGCACGGGCGGGACAGCCGCCCGGUGGUCAACCCCAAGGACAAGUUCUUCACUUUGGGCGGGAAGCAAAUCGCGGGCCUGGACCGUCCCACGCCAAAAACGACGACCACCACGACCGCAACCACGACGACGACCACACCCGAGCCGACGACGACCAUGCCAACCACCCCAGAGGUGACCACGGAGGAGCCCACGACCAUGCCCCUCUUCCCCACCUGUCCACCCGGGACGUACUCCAGGGUGGACGACCUGGGAUACCCCAUGUUCGACGACGACGGCAUACUCAACUGCUACCCCGACGAAGGGUCCUCAGGGAUGGGAAUGGACGCCAUGGUAACAGUCUCCAUGGCGACUGACAGGGCUGACGCUUUAGCUAUUGAAGAAGACCACUUUGUCAUCCAGACAACGUUGCCCACGACGACGACAACAACGACAACGACGACAACGACCGAAGCGACGACCACGCAGCCAAUCACGAGGGCUAAUAUUGGGCCCUCCUCGCCAUAUGACGCAGCGGGAAAGAAGCGAUUCACCGCUCCAUAUGUGAACUACAUCCGUAAAGACCCCGGGGCCCCCUGCUCCCUGACGGAGGCGCUGGAGUUCCUGCAGGUGGACGUCCUGGAGAACCUGAUCGAGCAGGACAGCAUCAUCAACGGGCGGCCGCCCAAACACAAACCCCACAACUUCACCGUGGUCGCCAUGGAGGGCUGCCACUCCUUCGUCAUCCUGGACUGGGCCCGGCCGCUCAAGGACGACAUGGUGUCCGGCUACAUGGUGCACAGCGCCUCCUACGACGACAUCCUGAGCAACCGAUGGUCUUCCAGAACGUCAACGGGCACGCACCUGUCCGUGGAGAACCUCAAACCCAACUCAAGAUAUUACUUCAAAGUUCAAGCGAAGAACGUGUUUGGACUUGGCCCGCUCAGCGAAACGAUCACAUACGUCACAGAGUCAGACGACCCCCUGCUCAUCGAAAGGCCGCCUGGAGGGGAGCCGAUCUGGGUCCCGUUCUCCUUCAAGUAUAACCCCGGCCACAGCGUGUGCAAGGGGAGCCAGUUCGUCAAGCGCACCUGGUACAAGAAGUUCGUCGGGGUCGUCCUGUGCAACUCGCUACGAUACAAAAUCUUUAUGGGCGACGGACUCAAAGACACGUUCUACAGUAUCGGAGACACCUUCGGCUACGGCGAAGAUCACUGCCAGUUUGUCGACUCUUACAUGCAGGGAAGGACCGGGCCCCAGAGCCUGUCUGCUUACCUGCCGACUGCUCAAGGGUACUACCGGGCUUAUCGGCAGGAGCCGGUGAAAUUUGGAGCCAUCGGCCGCAACACGCCCCACAACUUUGUGGGCUGGUACGAGUGCGGAAUCCCCAUCCCGGGAAAGUGGUAACGAAGGUUCGCCGGGAGGGGCAAAACAUUUUUUUUUUUUUUAAUUUUGCAGAAAAAGGGACUUGGCUCCAUCCAUCCUGCUGAGCACUCAGUCUCUCAGAUCACACGAGAGAGAUGAACUUUUCACGUACGUCAGCAAACCUACAACAUAUACUGCUUCCAAUGAAGAGAAUAUAAUACUUGUUUUUUUUUUUCUUUUGUUUUAAAAAAAAAAAAAUACUAAAUUCUUUGUAACCACGUUUGUGCACUUUUUUUAAAAAGCAGUCUGUAUAUGGGGAAAAGCAGGUGUUCUCGGCUCAGAUAACUGUUGUCUUCCAGAUCUGAAGAAUAACAUGUUCAUUCCUAAAUAGUUUUGACAGUUUUGCACGCAACAAGGCAAUCUCUCCCAAGCCUUGUUUUCUUGACCAUAAAACAAAGAGCAAAUUUUUUCAACGCAAAAACAUAACCAGAUGAACUAAGACUGUACUUCUUGCCUGCUUUGGUAGUUUGACAGUCUGGUAUAUACUUUAAAAAAAACUUUUAUUAAUUGAUGUUUUUCUUAUACACAGAAUGCUGUAUUUAGAUCAGGUUUUGUUUGAAUGAGGUCAGAGGACAUAUUGAAUAUCAUGUGACAUACAGAGUCAUAUUCAGCUCAGGAGCAAGGAGAAAGCAUAAAAUACAGGGCUAACCAAAACCACUAACGAUCAAAACUGUCGCAACCAGCCAUCUUUCAAAAAUGUAUAGCCGAAUUUAUUUUAAAUGUCUGUCUUCAACAGGUUAACGUGACUGGCAAUUGUCGAAAUAAAGUACACACUACAAACCUUUACAGCCCAAGUGCACUUGCUUUGAAAUAUUAAUAUUUUCCACUAUUUGUUUAUGUAAAAGUGUGUGUUUUUUUAUUUAUUCUAACUGAGCUACGCAGAAGGUAUAUCCAUUCUGUUUCCAUCUACUUCCUGUAAUGAUCACAAAUUUUUUUUUUUAAAGAAUAAAUAAACACCAGGGAGUUUCCAUGGAAACAAAGCUUUCAGCUUUGCGGUUACCAUGGUUUGCGUGUGUCACAUGGUUCCUGGUACUGUAAAUUCCGUUAACUAUGCAUGAGCUCAACGAUGGUGCUAUUAAAGUGGAGAGAACUUGUCCACGUAAGUGCAAUUAACACAUCUGGACACGUCCUCGUCUCCGUCCCCUCCCCUCACCCAAAACCAAUAAGACUGUACAUGAGAUAUAGUAGCCUGACUGUUGUUAUUUUCUUCCUGUUUACAAUUAAAGUAAAGGACAACCCAAAUAUAAACACUGUGGCUGUGUCUGAAACAGCUUUAACUUGCCUACUAUUAAGUAAGGAAGUUGCAUUCAACUUGGGUGCAACUUGUAUACUCAAUAGUUGGCAAGCAAUCUGUUUUUAGACGAGGCAGCCAUUUUAAAACAAUCAACGGCGAUGCAAAGGAGGCUUUGUGUGCACUGAAGAAUGCUGCCCGGAGGGAAACCGCAGAAUCCGCAGAACAGUUCCUAACCCCCAACUCGUUAUAAAUCAUCACGAUGACGUGCUGUGUAUAUCCUGAAAGAGUCUGGGCAAUUGCUGAACUCAGCCAACACCCAAAAACACAAAUCAGGCCUGUCAUCCUAAUUUUUUUUUAGGUAUGCUUAUUAAUAUCACCUUAUACCUUGCAUUAGCGGGUGCAUUUUAUAUACACUCUCAGAAAAAAGGGUUUGUCUCCAUAGGGGAACCCUUUCUAGUUCUUUAUAGAACCCUCUAUGGUGGGUGUGAAAAGUCUGAUUGAUCCAUUUUGCCCGACAAAGAACCCUUGAACUAGACAGGGUUCCUCUAUGGAACAUCCUCUUCUGAAAGUGUAGGAAUCCUUCAAAUACUUGCAUGAGAGAGACUGCCAUUCUGUAAAUGGCUUGCCAACAGAGCAUUGUAGCUACGUUAGCUCACUAGCCACUCAGAGUUUUCACUGCUGGACAGGAGAAAGAUUUUGUGAAGAAACUGCUCUCGUGUUUCAAAAGCAAGCGUUUAAAUCCACCAAAUGAACCGGAACAGAAUUCUGUUCCUCUUCAGGACUGUAGCCUCAACAAAGAUGUCAUUUUCAACAGGAAAAAAAACAAAACAAAACAAAAAACUGCUGGUUCAGUUAUCGUACACAAGAGGUUAAAUUUAACGAGCUGUUUGUGUAGCUACAUAUCUUUACAAACUUUAUGGGUUUUUUUUAAACCAAGAGCAAUCUGCAUCAUGUUUUAAGUUGUCAAAUAUAACAUUGUUGCCAUGGAGACGGGUACAAUCUUUUGAAAUCAUUGUUUUGUUUUUUUGUUUUUUGUUGGCAAGAACAGAGGGCCCAAACUGUUUUGUGAAACUAUAAUAUAAAAUUAUAAAAGGCAUUCACAGACUGCAGGCCUGUGUUUUUUUAUUUCUUUAAACAAUAUGGUUUUUAAAAUUGCAAUUACUUAGUUAUUACAAUAUUUUGUAUAUUACAUAUCCCUUGGAACUGGUUCAUGAAAUGUAACAUGUCUGGAAUUGAAAUGUAAUGUUAAAGAGUGUUGAAGUGUGUCUGCCAGCAAGCAGUAUUUGUUUGUAAAUUAAUGACCCAAAGCAUAUAAAACUGCCUGGUAUGGAAAUUAAAUAUCCUGUCCAGUCAAUCUUUCAACUUUCCAAAACGGGUUGUCCUUCUCACCAGUUUUUAACAUUUUCCUUCCUUUCUUUUUGGCAAAAUAAAUGAAUGCAAAUGAAAGACGUGUCUGGAAUUUGUCUGCAGUUGACAAGGACCAAUGACAUCACCCGGUAUGACACAUUCGGUUUGUCUUUAUGGUCUUGGUCUGCUGUGAUUUUCAAUAGUAAAACAUCGGCAUUUUGUGCACAUUGACAAGGUACCAUUACCGGUAUUUAAGCCAAGAAAGUAUAGCUUUGCAGAAGAUGGUUCAAUCCAUAGAUGGGCCCCCGGAGUCCUGUAUGCUGUAUAGGAAUGGGGCGUGGAACAUGGCAUACCUGCCAUGCCAAUCAAAUCCAGACCAUGCCAGUGCAAUUGACUGUGGCUGGCAGAGCCAAUUGGAAAAGCGCACUUGGCUCGAACAUCGCUAGCGACCCCUGCUGGUCAGUUGGGUGCCCGCAGGUCAACUUGUUCAGCUGUGCAUGAGUCGUCUGCCUCUGGACUGUCUGAGCCCGACUUGGGAACUGCAGUACAAUUUUUUUUUAAAAAUGCAGCUGACAUCACAUGCUUCAGAGGAGAAUUCAAAUAAUGAGUAUGUUUAUACGCUAAAAGACCGGUUUUUGCAUUGCUAUGAAAUAUGUAACAUUACUGGUGGAAGUUUUAGGGGGGGGAAAAAACAUUUAAGUUCAAAAUUUAUUAAAUACAGUACGGCAGCGGUUACACUGCAGAGUUACAGUUAGAAAACAUCUUCUUCAUGUGGGGAAAGUUGUCAACAGGUUUAAGAUUAAUAAUAUAUUAAUAUGGAAUUUCUUUUGCAUGUGAAAAUGACUGGCUGAACUGUUUCCUCAGGUCGUGCAGAUAAAUCCCACCUGGCCCAAGCGUAAACUCUGCUUCACGUUGAGAACGUUUCCUGGAAUGGACAGAGUAGAUUUGCUGGAAGCCACUUGAACAUUUUUUGCGUUUGCAUUAUUUUGGAUUCAGUGAUUACAUUCGUUUUUUAUUUGACUUUUUUUUUUUUUUUGUUUUUUUUUGCUUACUUGUUCUCCAUGUACAGGUCUGCGUUGAAAAAUAUGAAUCUUGUUGUGUCACGUGCAAGUUAUGAAUUAUGCACCAGCACCUGAACACAAAUAACAUGGUAAUACAUAUGUAAUAUGUGUGUCCCUCAAUUUUUAUGAUAAUAAAGACUUUGUACCAGUAUA